GGACGGUAGUACCUGUGUACUUGUGGCCCCCUUUAGGUGGCAGUGUACAUGUUCUAUCAUUUCUUCCCUGUCCUAGGUUCAGUGGAGAAAUCAAUGGCUCCUCGUCCGUUGAUCUUACAUGGUAGGUACUGAUCUUCCUCUUCUGCAGGCGAAAAGAUCGUCAGGGGCAGCUCGAUGGACGCGCUUGACAUGGCGUCGUGGGUUGUCAGCUCGAUGCUUCUUUUGUGCGCUGUAAGUGUUUGCAGAAAUCUCUCCUUCCGCAGAGACGGUGGAGAGGAGGAGACCCAGCCGUUGUUGCUGACGGCCGGAGAUGGGGAGCAGAGAAAGGCGGCGUUCGGGGAUGCCGGGUACUUGAGCCGCCUGACCUUCACGUGGGUGGAUCCGUUGCUCCGCCUUGGGUACUCUAAGCCGCUCCACCUCGGCGACAUCCCGCCGCUGGACGCCGACGACGCCGCGGCGGAGGCGCGCCGGACGUUUCUGGAGGAAUGGCUCCGGCGGAGGCAGACGGCCGCCGGCGCCGGGAGGACAAGCACAAGCAACCUGGUGUUCUGGGUGCUCGCCACGUGCUACAGGAAAGACCUCCUCCUCACGGCGCUGUACACGCUGCUCCGGACACUGUCCUUCGGCGCGGCGCCGGUGAUCCUCUACUGCUUCGUGUCCUACUCGUACCAGCGGGAGCGGGAGCGAGAGCUCGCCACGGGAAUCGCCCUCAUCUCCGGCCUGCUCUUGAUGAAGGUCGUCGAGUCGCUGUCGCAGAGGCACUGGUUCUUCGGGUCAAGGCGGCUCGGCAUGCGCAUGCGCUCGGCGCUCAUGGCCGCCAUCUUCGACAAGCAGCUGAGGCUGUCCAGCGAGGCGCGGACGCGGCACUCCGCCGGCGAGGUCGCAAACUACAUCGCCGUCGACGCGUACCGGAUCGGCGAGUUCCCGUUCUGGCUGCACAUGGUGUGGUGCAUGCCGCUGCAGCUCGCCCUCGCCAUCGCGAUGCUCUUCUGGACCGUGGGCGCCGGAACGCUGCCGGGCCUGGCCCCCGUCGCCGUCUGCGGCGUGCUCAACGUCCCUCUCGCCAGGAUGCUGCAGCGGUACCAGUCACGGUUCAUGCAGGCGCAGGACGAGCGGCAGCGCGCCACGGCGGAGGUGCUCAACGCCAUGAAGAUCGUCAAGCUGCAGUCGUGGGAGGACAGGUUCAGGGAGAAGGUGCAGCGGUUGCGCGACGUCGAGGUCCGGUGGCUUGCUGAGACGCAGGUCAAGAAGGCCUACGGCAGUGCUCUGUACUGGAUGUCUCCGACGAUCAUCUCCGCCGUCAUCUUCGCGGGGACGGCCGCGUUCCGGAGCGCGCCACUGGAUGCCAGCGUCGUGUUCACCAUCCUUGCCACGAUGCGCGUCAUGUCAGAGCCUAUGAGGGUGCUGCCAGAGGUGAUGUCCAUCAUGAUCCAAGUGAAGAUAUCGCUGGAUCGCAUUGGCGAGUUCCUUGCCGAGGAUGAGUUCCAGGACGACGCAGUGGACAGGACAUCCAUGGCAUUGCCAGCCUCCGACAUGAGCCUUGUCGUGCAAGAUGGUUUCUUCAGCUGGGAGCCUAGCAAGGCCAUUGCAACUCUGAAAGAAAUCAAUGUCAGGGCACUGCAGGGUGAGAAGAUUGCGGUCUGUGGGCCUGUCGGCGCAGGGAAAUCGUCGUUGCUGUGCGCAAUGCUUGGCGAGAUACCAAGAAUGUCCGGAUCGGUAUCAGUGGCAGGCUCAGUUGCCUAUGUUUCACAGACGUCCUGGAUACAGAGUGGCACUGUACGUGAUAAUGUACUCUUUGGGAAGCCCAUGAACACUGAGGAUUACGAGAAGGCGAUAAGGUGUUGUGCAUUGGACAAGGACAUUGAGAAUUUUCCGCAUGGGGACCUGACAGAGAUUGGUCAGAGAGGCUUGAACAUGAGUGGAGGACAGAAGCAAAGGAUUCAGCUCGCCAGAGCAGUCUAUAACGACGCUGACGUUUACCUUCUCGAUGAUCCUUUCAGUGCCGUUGAUGCACAUACAGCUGCUACUCUUUUCAAUGAUUGUGUGAUGGCAGCACUUAAGAACAAGACUGUGAUUCUUGUGACACAUCAAGUGGAGUUCCUUUCCAAGGUUGACAAGAUUCUGGUCAUGGAAAAUGGGGAGAUAACUCAGGAAGGAACCUAUGAGGUGCUUCUGCAGUCUGGCACAGCAUUUGAACAACUUGUCAAUGCUCACAGGGACUCAAAAACAACACUAGACUCCCAGGAUCGUGGCAAAGGAGCUGAAGAACAAGGCACAUUUCUUCAGAACCAGAUACGGAUGGUACCACAGAACAGUGAAGCAGAAAUCUCUGAUGCUAAUCUCCUGUCGGUCCAACUUACAGAAGAGGAGAAGAGGGAACUAGGAGAAGCUGGACUGAAACCAUAUAAGGACUAUGUUUCAGUGUCCAAGGGCCGUUUUCUCCUCGUCCUGCUAAUACUCGCACAGUGUGCGUUCGUCAUCCUGCAGUGCCUGGCAACUUAUUGGCUUGCAAUUGCAAUUCAAAGCCGCCAGUUCAGUGUCGUACUUGUGGUUGGAGUCUAUGCAGUGAUGGCAGCUGCAAGCUGCCUCUUCGCCUAUAUUAGGAGCCUUCUUGCUGCUCACUUUGGCCUGAAAGCAUCGAGGGAGUUCUUUUCAGGGUUCAUGGAUUCAUUGUUCAGGGCCCCAAUGCUGUUCUUCGAUUCCACUCCAACUGGAAGGAUCAUGACCCGGGCUUCGUCUGACCUUAGCAUCUUAGACUUUGACAUCCCGUAUACGAUGAGCUUUGUCAUCUCGGGCACAAUUGAAGUGGCAGGAACCAUAAUUAUCAUGACCAUGGUUACCUGGCAAGUAGUACUAGUGGUCGUUCCUGUUGUGAUUGUUCUGUUAUACAUUCAGAGAUACUACAUUGCAUCGGCGAGGGAGCUAGUAAGGAUCAAUGGAACUACAAAGGCGCCUGUCAUGAACUUCGCGGCAGAGUCGAUGCUGGGAGUGACCACCAUAAGGGCCUUUGCAGCUACAAAGAGGUUUAUUCAGAGAAAUCUUCAGCUCAUAGACACAGAUGCGGGACUGUUCUUCUACACCAAUGCAGCACUGGAGUGGGUGCUUCUGCGUGUCGAGGCACUGCAAAUCUUGGUCAUCAUCACGUCAUCCAUCCUUCUUGUCUCACUACCGGAGGGAGCUGUUGCUCCAGGAUUCCUUGGUCUCUGCCUCUCAUAUGCAUUGACGCUUUCUUCUGCUCAAGUGUUCUUAACAAGAUUCUACUCAAAUCUGGAAAAUUACAUAAUAUCUGUGGAGAGGAUCAUGCAGUUCAUGCAUUUACCAGAAGAGCCUCCGGCUGUCAUCCCUGACAGAAGGCCUCCUCCUUCAUGGCCAUCUGAAGGAAGAAUCGAUUUGGAUAACUUGAGAGUCAAAUACAGGCCAGAUGCGCCAACGGUUCUGCACGGAAUCACCUGCACUUUUGCAGCAGGAAACAAGAUUGGAGUUGUUGGCAGAACUGGGAGUGGGAAGACAACUCUUUUGAGUGCACUGUUCCGCCUUAUUGAUCCAUACAGCGGGCGAAUACUCAUUGAUGAUCUUGACAUUUGCACCAUUGGACUGAAGGAUCUGAGGAUGAAGCUCAGCAUCAUUCCCCAAGAGCCAACACUUUUCAGAGGCAGUGUAAGGAGUAAUGUGGAUCCUCUGGGUCUGCAUUCCGAUGAGGAUAUCUGGGAGGUUUUAGAUAAGUGCCAACUGAAGAAAACAAUCAGUGCCCUUCCUGGACUACUUGAAUCACCAGUGAGUGAUGACGGCGAGAACUGGAGCGCCGGUCAACGACAGCUCUUCUGCCUUGCGCGUGUUCUCCUCCGAAGGAACAAGAUACUGGUCCUUGAUGAGGCGACAGCAUCCAUCGACUCGGCUACCGACGCCAUCCUGCAGAGGGUGAUCAAGAAAGAAUUUUCAGGGUGCACAGUCAUCACCAUAGCACACAGGGUUCCAACUGUCACAGACAGUGAUAUGGUCAUGGUCCUUUCCUACGGCAAGAUGAUCGAGUACAACAGGCCAUCAAUUCUGAUGGAAAAUAAGAAUUCGCCAUUUUGUAAGCUUGUCGAUGAGUACUGGUCCAACUAUAACUGAAGUUGCAAGGAAACUGGACGAAUUGUAGUAUAAAUACAUGGCCACUGCAUAGAAGAUUAUUCCUGUCGGCUAUACAUUGAUCAUCUGUUCACUCAAGGAGAAUACUGACCUGCAUUGUGUGUAGUUACUAAAUCAAAAUAAGUGUGUAUAUCUAGUCCUUUGUAAUCCAGAAACAGCAGGUGCAGUAGUGCAACACAUGACAAAAUUUUGUCAUUAUGAAAUUUGAACAUCUGAGACCCUGGAGAUGGAUUCUUAUUGUU